GGGGAAAAAGAAAUACGAGCGGAGGGAAGAAGAUGAAGGAAGCUUCGUAGGGCACGAAAGUUAGAGCUGUGAGAGAGAGGAGAGGAGUGAAUGUGGGGCUUUCUUCUGCUUCUGCUUUCCUUGUAGUUCCGUCUUUGGUGAAUUGAAUGCCGACCCAUAAAACAAGCGCCACUCACCACCGCCCUCUUCCCCCAAACUCCAACUGACUUCUUCCCCUCGGCCCUCCCUGCCUGUUAUUUUUUGUCCUACAAACAAAUAUUCGAGAGAGAGAGAAGAGAGAGCGGCUGCUGGCUGUAGCUUCCGCCUUCCUCUCUGUUGUAUCGCUGUCUGCAACCAAGCUUCCUUCUUUCUCUCCUCCAAAAUCUGAUAUUUGAUCAAAUCGCCCCCCUUUUCCCCAGAAAGAUAUCACAUUCCGCCCCCUGAAUCCCCAUCGCAGAAUCACCCAAACCUGUUUUCCUUCUUCUUCUUCAUCUGAUUUCGGUUCAGAUUUCUGUUUCGUGGUUCUGGGUUGAGGUUUUCCCGGCUCCUUUUCUCACAGGUUGAAUCUUGUGUUGAAGGCACUGUUUCUCCAUGGGGGAGGCUCCAGCUUUCUACGCUGACAACCUGCAGAAUGGUUUUGACAUAAAAACAAUCAAAGCCUGCGAAACGUCCAUUAGCAUCCAGGAUAAAACAUAUGUCAUUGGUAGUAGCGAUGACGCCUUCGUGGUUCGGAUCUGUGAUCAAACUACUGGGAAUUGGAUCAUUCCUACCAUUCACGGAACAAAACCAAAGCCAGGUAAAGGCUAUUCAGCUGUGGCACUGAAUGAAGAUCGAAUCGUGAUGGUUAAGAAGGGAUCUUCUUCAGAUGACUGCAUCUGGUUUCUUGAGGUGGGCACUCCAUAUGUCAAGGCGCAGAAACAAAUUCUGGGCAAUGAGGUUGUAGCCUGGAGUAAAGGUGUAAGAGGCAAUGCAGAGGUACCAAUUGUCAUCAGUGGUCCUUCUGGAGUAGGAAAAGGAACAUUAAUAUCGAAACUCAUGGAGGAAUUCCCAUCCAUGUUCGGAUUCUCCGUGAGUCACACAACCCGAGCACCAAGGGCCAUGGAGCUGGAUGGUGUGCACUACCAUUUCACUGAAAGAGCUGUUAUGGAGAAGGACAUCAAAAAUGGAAAGUUCCUCGAGUUUGCCUCUGUCCAUGGUAACCUUUACGGAACCAGCAUUGAAGCCGUAGAAGUGGUGUCAGAUUCUGGAAAGCGAUGCAUCCUUGAUAUUGAUGUUCAAGGAGCAAGAUCUGUUAGGGCAAGCCCUCUGGAUGCAGUUUUUGUAUUCAUAUGUCCCCCAUCCAUGGAUGAGCUUGAACAUCGUCUUCGUGCAAGAGGGACCGAGUCUGAGGAGCAGAUCCUGAAAAGACUCCGCAAUGCAAAGACUGAGAUCGAGCAAGGGCAAUCCUCCGGCAUCUUUGAUCACAUCCUCUCUAAUGACAACCUCGAAGAGUGUUACAAAAGCCUUAAAAAAAUUAUUGGCUUGGAUGGACCUGUGGUUGCUACCCAGAAAAUUGAAGCACCUCUAGGAAUCGAUCUCCCGGAAGAGCAUUCAGUGUCGGUAAUGGAUAACAAAAUCAUCAUCAACUGUGGAACUGCAGAAGUAGAGAAAGCCUCAAAGAACUUGAUUGUGUUGGAUGUUUCUUCUCUCAAGGGGGGAGCUCCAGGGCGGACGAGAGGGCUCGAGUUGCACCACGCUAUCGACUCCUUCUCCGACAGCCUGACCUCGGGUUGCUGACAAGAGAAGAUCCCCCGCCUGAAACUAACUUGAAUACUGACAUGCUAUGCAAUUUCCGAUUUGUGUCGUCAUUUCUUAUUUAUUUACUAAGUGGGAAAUAGCAGCAUUGACAGAAAACUCUUUGAUAGACCACCUGGAAUUUUCUUCACAUAAUAAUUUGCAUAUCUUGGUUCUUUAUAGCUUGCUGGUUUCCUUCCCAUUUCAUUCUUAUCA